AUGCCGGUCCUCAGCCCCAGCUAUUCCUAUGGCAACACGGCAAAGUCUGUGGGGACAGACUGCUUAUUCUUUGAAGCGGGACGGGGCCGCGGAGUUAACGCCGUUUUUCCCUCUUCCCCCGCAGGUCUGCUGGAGAUCCGCGCCGUGGCGGUGCGCACCGUGGCCAUCAAGGGCGUGCGGAGCUCCCGUUACCUCUGCAUGGACGAGGCGGGCAGGCUGCACGGGCAGCUCAGGUAUUCCACUGAGGAUUGUUCCUUUGAAGAGGAGAUUCGUCCAGACGGCUAUAACGUAUAUAAAUCAAAAAAAUACGGAAUAUCGGUGUCUUUGAGUAGUGCCAAGCAAAGACAACAGUUCAAAGGAAAAGAUUUUCUUCCACUGUCUCACUUCUUACCUAUGAUCAACACUGUGCCCGUGGAGUCAACAGACUUUGGUGAAUACGGUGAUUACAGCCAGGCGUUUGAACCAGAGGUGUACUCCUCGCCCCUCGAAACGGACAGCAUGGACCCCUUUGGCAUCACCUCCAAACUGUCGCCGGUGAAGAGCCCCAGCUUUCAGAAAUGACUCUGGUCACA